UGUAAGUGGAUUCCUGACCAUUGGGAAUUCGCCGGAAUAGAAAGUAUCUUAGUUGAAGUGCCUGAUCAUACUGAGCAGACUUUGACAGCGUUAAUUGAACGAUGAAUUCUACCAGGGAGUCGCAAUAACAUCGGAAUUCUAAAAGGUAGCAUGUACACUCACAAGGUGAUUGUGCAUGAAGAAAAUUCCCUUCAUCCUGGCAAUGAAGACAUCCACACACAAAAUAUAGAAAAUAUGUGAAUGCUUGUGAAACGCAAAUUACGCCGUCAAUUUGGAAGUUCAGAGGCUUUGUCUGUUUCUUAUUUGCACGAACUCAUAUGGCGCAUUUCACUAGAAGGAAUAAGACAUUCACUUUUGGGUGCGAGAUCAAGUGUGUAUGCUGUUAUGUUCGAUUGUUGUUGCUGUUUGUAGCAUUCUUUUGGUAUCAAAAUCCUUUCUGGUUCCUGCUUGUCUACAGUUUCUCAGCUAUACUGGAUGGUAUUGAUGGUUACAUGGCUCGCAAACUUAACCAAGUAUCGGAAUUUGGAAGUUUAUUGGAUGUUGUGGUGGACAAUAUUGGUCGAGGAAUGCUGUGGUGCCAUCUGCAUAAAUAUCUUUACUUGGUAUCAGCUGUGGAAUGGUUAACAUUAGUGUGUACCCACUGUAGAGGGCCAGACUGGAAGGUUCUCCAGAAAAAACAUCCUUGGAUUAUAGAAAGAGUUAUGGACAAAGGAUUCAAAACUCCAGCAGGAGUAUUUACCAUAGCAGGUCUGCAUGUUUUCCCCAUUCUGCUCUAUGCCCAAAAACAAAAGUUACUCAGGACAAUAUUAGGCAUGUCUGUUUCUCAGGAAAUGGUUCUUAUCAUCUUCUUUAUGUCUGGCCGUCUUCUCUGUCUUAUAGUUGAGCUCUAUUUCAUUUACCAGCAUGUGGAGCAGCUUUGUAGAGGCAAACCAUACACUGGAUCUAAACAAACUCAUUGAUAAUGAGUUGUGGCAGCAACAGCAUAUUUCUUAUCAAGUUAUUUACAGGCUUUCCUAUCGGCUGAGAUGGAAUAAAGAGAAUUAUGGACAUUAUCAACAACAGCAUGCAAGAGGGAUGGUAUAGACAUGAAGAAUGAUAGCUGGGUGAAACUGCAACUAUAAAAGAGCACUAAAGAUGGGAGAAAUCUCAAAGAAACUGAGCCUACUGAUAGACCAACAAAAUAGAGAAGCUGUGUUGAAAAUGACCUGUCCAACUCUUGGCAACAUGUAAAAAAAAAAAAGCUAAAAGUAUAUAUAUGUGAGUUCGUAAUGUUCUACAAUACAUUUCUUUAAACACA